AUGAUAGUGGAGAGGAAUGGAGGACAGGCAGAGGAGGAGGAGGAGGAGGAGGAGGGUGAGGAGGAGGAGGGAGGAGGAGGAGGAGGAGGAGGAUGCACCAUUGAGAGCAUCCUGUCGGGCUGCGUCACCGCCUGGUACGGAAACUUCUCCGCCCUCAACCACAUGGUUCUCCACAGGGUGGUGCGGGCAGCCCACAACAUCACCGGGGGUUCACACUGCCUGCCCUCCAGGAAAUCUACAGCACCCGGUAAGAUCAUCGAGGACCUCAGCCACCAGAGUCACGGACUGUUCACCCUGCUACCAUCUAGAAGAUCAUCGAGGACCUCAGCCACCAGAGUCACGGACUGUUCACCCUGCUACCAUCUAGAAGAUCAUCGAGGACCUCAGCCACCAGAGUCACGGACUGUUCACCCUGCUACCAUCUGGAAGGUGGAGAAACUACAGAUGCUGUACACCAGCCACCGUUAUCCUCCUUUCAAGUCUAACCCGGGGUGGUGGUGUGAGAGCGAGCACAGCAGGAACUUUAAAGCCUCUCCGCCUCCCAGAGGACCACGGCUACGCAGCGACGUAGUCCAGGUGCCUCUGUUCCAGAGAGAGAACGCACCCGAGAAAGCAUCCAAGAGCAAGAGGAAGAAGAAGAAGAAGAGGGAAGAGAGAGAGUCCAGCGUCGUAGAGGAGAACAUUCCAGUUCCACAGCCUCGGGAGCAGCAGGCGGACCAGGAAGUGAAGUCACACAGCCCCCAGAAGGCACAUCUUCCCCACAGAAAGGUGAAAUCAGAGUAUAAUGCCAACUUCCGCUCUCCACUGAACUACAUAUAUAAGGACGGCGCCUGGGUCAAGGCUUCCACACUAGGAGAGGAGGGGCGUGACAGUCAGCAUAGUCACGUUUGGUAUCACGAGGUGCGAGAGCUUCGUAAGAAGGCGGAGGCCUACAGACAGAGGGCGUGGGGGACCCAUUUCUCCCGCCUCCACCUCAACCAGAUCCUGUCGGACCAGAACCAGCUGUGGGAGGCCUCCACCCCUUCCUCCUCUAACCUCAGCUCUGGGACAGGUUCUGGGGACGGGGAGGAAGACAGGAGUCCUACCCCCCAGGCUCUGGAGCUCGCUAGGGUUGACAGUAGCUCCAGCUCCGUAGCCGGACCCCCUCCCCUCACCCCCGUGUCCAGUAGAAGGAGCUCCACCCGGGGGGCUGGGGACACAGCAGACCCCCCUGGUCACCCUAACCCUGGAGCCCUUAACCUACCUGUUCAGAGGAGACUAGCCUGGGAGGAGGAGACAGGGGCUGGGGGUGGAACUGGGGAGGAGAGAGAGGAAGAAGAGGACAAGGAGAGAAAGGAUGAACUGAGGGUGCUGGACCAGCGUUCGUCGUCUGUAGCAGGCUCCCACAGGUCCAGAGAGGGUGGCAGGAUGCCCACACCUACACUGCAAAGGAUCGCUACUGUUCAGAGAACUCACCACGACCUGACGACUCCAGCCACUGGUAACCUAGCAGAUAUAUUGGACAGUGUGUGGUCCAGUCUGGGUUUGUCUCCAGGGACAGUGUUUGGUCCGACCCAGUCUGGGUUUGUCUCCAGGGACAGUGUGUGGUCUGGCCCAGUCUGGGUUUGUCUCCAGGGACAAUGUGUGGUCCGGCCCAGUCUGGGUUUGUCUCCAGGGACAGCGUGUGGUCCGGCCCAGUCUGAGUUUGUCUCCAGGGACAAUGUGUGGUCCGGCCCAGUCUGGGGACAGCGUGUGGUCCGGCCCAGGCUGGGUUUGUCUCCAGGGACAAUGUGUGGUCCGGUCCAGUCUGGGUUUGUCUCCAGGGACAGCGUGUGGUCCGGCCCGGUCUGGGGACAAUGUGUGGUCCGGUCCAGUCUGGGUUUGUCUCCAGGGACAGCGUGUGGUCUGGUCAAGUCUGGGCGCCGUGUCUCCAGGGACAGUGUGGUCCGGUCCAGUCUGGCCGAGAUGCGGAUACCCCCCAGCUGCAUAGGCUCAGAACCCGAGCCGGCGGAGGAAGAUGGUAGUGAUGCGUAG